UUGUUACCAUCAACUACAACAGAAGGAGGAGGCGGAGGAGGGGAACGGUCCACAGGAGCAUCACUGUGGUCGGACAAACCCAACCGUAAAGCCAUGUACGGGUUCAUCAACAGCUGCCUCCAGUCUCUGGUGGUGGACCGGUUUGGUCUGGAGGUCUGGGACCAGAUCAGCUCUGCCCCAGGAGUCCAGGACACGUUUAUGACCUACACUGUAUAUGAUGACGUCCUGACCCUGGACCUGGUGAAGGAGGUCUGUUCUCUGUUGGAUGUUCCUGCUGAUACGGUUCUAAAACUGUUCGGAGAACAUUUCUUCAGUUUCUGUAAACAGGCCGGUUACGACACCAUGCUGCGAACACUGGGGGGAACUCUGGUGGAGUUCAUCGGGAAUCUGGACGCGCUCCACAGUUACCUGGCCCUGUCCUAUCAGGAAAUGAAUGCACCAUCUUUCCGUGUGGAGACGGCAGAGGACGGGACGAUGCUGCUCCACUACUACUCGGACAGGAAGGGUCUGCAUCAUAUUGUACCAGGUAUCAUAGAGGCAGUCGCCAAAGACUUUUUUGACAUUAAAGUGAAUAUGACAGUUCUCAGUCAGUCUGAGGAAGACGAGAGGACGGGGAAGAAGGAACAUGUCGUCUUCCGGGUAAAACUGAUCAACCAACCGAACGAGCUCGGAGUUCACAUCCACCCAUUCACAUCCACUCUAAUCAGGGAGGAAGAAUAUUUCAGAAGAAUGAGGGAUAAACGUAUGUCGCUGCCUGUGCAGAAGAACGGCUGGGACCUGAUCAGGGAGGUGGUUCUGUCAGAAAAAGGCAGUUUCCAGGGCACCUUCACUCCAUGUUACCCUGACAAACUGUGGAUAGAGGAGAAAGCUUUCUGUAAUGCCUUUCCCUUUCAUAUCGUCUUUGACAGAAACCUAAAGGUCAGGCAGACGGGGGUGAACUUACAAAAGUUUAUCCCAGGUCUCCUGACUGAAGAUGCUACGAUGGACCAGUACUUUGCUAUUAUUCACCCUCAGGUGACUUUUACCAUCGAGAGCAUCAGGAAAUUCAUCAACAGUCAGUUUAUCCUAAAGAGCUACAAAGACACAAGCAGUCCAAUGAAGUUACGAGGUCAAAUGUUGUGGAUGGACUCUUUUGACUGCAUGUUGUACCUGUGUUCUCCAAAACUACGAAGCCUCCAGGAACUACAAGAUGUUGGUCUUCAUCUGGCUGAUCUGGCCCAGCACGACGUUACAAGGGACCUCGUUCUCCUCAACCAGCAACGGCUAGCUGAGAUGGAACUCACAAACCAACUAGAACGGAAGAAAGAAGAACUUCGAAUCCUGUCUCGUUAUCUUGAAGCUGAGAAGCAGAAGACAGAGAUGCUUCUUUAUGCGAUGCUUCCUCGUCACAUAGCCAAUCAGCUCAAAGACGGACAGAGUGUGGAGGCGGGAGAGUUUGAGAUAUGCACCAUUUUGUUCAGCGACGUGGUAACCUUCACCAACAUCUGCGCUGCCUGUGAACCCAUCCACAUCGUACACAUGCUCAACUCCAUGUACUCAAAAUUUGACCGACUCACCAAUAUACACGACAUCUACAAGGUGGAGACUAUCGGUGAUGCCUACAUGGUGGUGGGUGGUGUUCCAGUCCCUACACCUACCCAUGCUAACAGAGUGGCAAACUUCGCUUUAGGAAUGAGGAUAGCGGCCAGAGAAGUCACCAACCCAGUAACUGGAAAACCAAUACAGAUCCGUGUGGGUCUCCAUACCGGUCCAGUGUUAGCGGGGGUGGUGGGGCAGAAGAUGCCCCGGUACUGCCUGUUUGGAGACACCGUCAACACUGCAUCCAGGAUGGAGAGUCACGGACUUCCUGACUACAUCCACCUCAGCACGACCACGUACAAUGCGUUGAAGGACGGAGGCUUCCACAUACAGGAACGUGGGCAGAUCGAGGUGAAGGGUAAAGGUCACAUGACCACCUACUUUCUGUUGGGGAACCCUCUGGUCUCGGACGACGCCAUAAUGGGACAGAACCAAGGCAUGGACGACAUUUACAAUCAGAGCACAAAUGAUACUGUCGGAGUCCCUGUGGGUGAAGGGGACACACCAUCAGAUGACGGUCCAACUCCAGAGUCCAGCGCCGUUAAUCCGGUUCCUCCGUUCGCCUGGGACAUCACCCCGCCGUACCAGACCGACCCAAACCGCCACCACGCAUCCGCCAAUGAUUCCAACAGUCGACUGUGCGUUCUACUCUGAGCGCGAACCACAGCAGCCUCUGGUUUAGACCCACGGUUUGACUUGUACCGUCCUACAGCUGCACCCAAGACUUCAUAUUUAAAAGUCAAAUCAGGGACAAGAAGUGUGACGGCUAGAAUAUUCUACAUGACGCUUGAAUCUGUUUAUAACACACGCCCAUGGGUUUAUCGUAUGGUUUCCUCUUAACCCUUUACGGCCUAAAUUUAUUCACAAUUAUAUAAAAAAAAAUGUUAUUUGUGUUGUUGCUGUGAUGCAGAUGAUAAAUUAAGUGUAUAUUACUAAUUUAAUUAUAACACAUACAAUAUGAUGUAAA